ACGUCGGAAUAUCUCCUCUGUUACGGCGAUAUCGGGAAUAGCGAUAGUCUUCUCCUCCAAAACCCUAAUCCACCAUUGAAACCCUCUCCAAGGUCUAGCUCCAUCCCCAAUGGCGACCGCUUCCCUCCUCGAAGCCAUCUACUCCGUCCGCGAACCCUAUGGAUCCCGCUAUGCUUCACCCUCCCUGAAAUGGAACCCUUUCGCCUCUCUGUUCCGUCAUCAAUCUCCUCCCUUUAAGCCUAAAUCCAUCCGCCUCUCUACUCAAGGCGUCCUCAAACCGCCUUCUUCGAAUUCUGAUUUCUCCGACAGAGAUCCUUUUGAAGUGAUCGUGAAUACGGUUUUGAAAACCCUCAAGGCUCUGAAGAAGCCGGCGAUCGCCGCGGUGCUUGUGGGGUUCCUCUUGACGGUGGACCCUUUCUCGGCCUUGGCGGCGUCCGGGGGCAGGAUGGGUGGACGGUCCUUCUCUUCGUCGCCGCGGUCUUAUUCGUCGAGGAGCUUCUCGGCGCCGCCUGGAUCGAGCUUCUCGUACUCUGUGCCGUACUUUGCUCCCACGCCGUUCGGCGCUGGUGGAGGGUUCUAUGCUGGUCCAGCGUUCGGGGUGGGGUUUGGUGCUGGUUCUGGAUUUUUUCUUUUGAUGAUGGGGUUCGCAGCUGUAAUUUUGCUGUCUGGUUUUCUCUCUGAUCGGAGUGAUGAUGGGAGCGUACUCUCAGCGACUCAGAAGACCACUGUUCUCAAGCUUCAGGUUGGUUUGCUAGGAAUGGCACGAUCACUUCAGAAGGACCUUAAUCAGAUUGCUGAAACUGCAGAUACGUCUACCCCAGAGGGAUUCAAUUUUGUUUUGACAGAGACGGCCUUGGCAUUGCUCCGGCAACCGGAUUGUUGCAUCUCUGCCCACUCAUCUGUGGAUGUAAGAAGAAGUAUAGAAGAUGGAGAGAAACGUUUUAAUCAGCUCUCAAUUGAGGAACGGGGUAAAUUUGAUGAAGAGACGCUUGUAAAUGUGAACAACAUCAAAAGGCAAAGAACUUCCAGCCAAAGACCAUCUGUUUUCAGCAAUGAGUACAUUGUGAUUACAAUUCUGGUUGCUGCCGAGGGAGUGCACAAGCUACCUAUCAUCAAUAGCAGUUCAGACUUAAAGGAAGCAAUGCAAAAGCUGGGUUCUAUAUCAUCCAGCAAAACUCUGGCUGUUGAAGUGCUGUGGACUCCACAAAAUGAGAAUGAUACGCUUUCAGAACAGGAGUUACUGGAAGAUUAUCCCCUUUUGAGGCCUCUGUGAUGGAUGAUGUCUGAUGUUUAUCUGUGUAGGGCAUAACCUGUUCUUGUUGGAGAAAUCUCGUUAGCCAGGAGCUCUUUGUAAACAGAAUGUAUAGAAACUUGGCAUGGACAAUGCCGAAUACUUAUUUAUUUUCUUUUCCCCUAGAUUGAACAUUAUUAUCUUGAGUUCUCAACCAGCCGAAAUCAAAGAGUACAAAGGAUAUGUAAUUGUUGCUUUAUUUAAAUAGUCACACUGGAUGAUGCAAGUUCUGUUUUUCCUAGGUAUUCUAAUUUUGUUUGAGGUUAGAAUCAAUUUUCCUGUAUUUGACAUUAAUGAUUAUU